AUGUCCCACGUCCCACCAACCCAGUCCAUUCCCAAACCAGAGGAACCUAAAGAACCACAACAGUCUCCUCAGCAACCUCAGUUCCAGCAAGUACCUCCGAAUUUCUACCAAUUUCCACCUCAAGGUUACUACCCACCACAAGGCUUCCCGAACUACCCUCCUCAGCCUAUGCCUUACUUCCCCAACCCUUGGAUGUUCCAGCAAGCUCCACCCCAGCAAUUCCAAUCUCAAUCCAAAUCGAAGAGAGACCAAGAGUUCGAAGAAGGUCUGAACCGUUUACGCAAAGAGUAUGCUACAGCUCCAAUUGAGAGAAAGUUGUUCCCGGACCAAAAAUAUAAUUUAGGUGAAGAGGUGAGAUCUCACCUGUUUUCUCACCUGUUUUCUCACCUGUUUUCUCACCCUCUUGAAUUUUCAUGA